CUGACACACCUGACACUUGUCGCACCUGACAUACCUGACACACCUGACAUACCUAUCACCUCACACCUGACGCACCUGACGCACUUGACAUACCUGACACCUGACAUACCUAUCAACUGGCACUUGACACACCUGACACUUGUCGCACCUGACAUACCCAUCACCUGGCACUUGUCGCACCUGACAUAGCCAUCACCUGGCACUUGACACACCUGUUGCACCUGACACACCUGUCCUUUCCCCUCAGACCUCAGGGGGUGUGUCCAGAGCCAUGAAGAGUCUGGACCCUCUGUACUCUCAGAUAAGCUCCACCCACGACAACCCAGGUGACAAAGACCUGGACCUGAAGGGGGACGACGACAGUCCACAACCAGAUCGAAGCGUUGCAUCAUGGGAAGGCUCGUUCCCCCUGAUGGAUGAGAAGGAGGAGGAGGAGGAGGAGCUGGAUGAUGAGGAGGAGGAUGAAGGUGAAGAGAGGAAGAAUAGUGAGAAGGAACAGAGCCCGGUGGUGAAGAGGAGUAGGAGAGAGGAGGCACUGCAACCCCCCACCACCUCCUCUAAACCCUCCUCCUCUCUUAUCACAUCAACCUCCAUUACCUCCUCUCCCUCUGUCUGCACCUCCUCCUUCACACCCAUCACCUCCUCUCCCUCUGUCUGCACCUCCUUCACACCUAUCACCUCCUCUCCCCCUGUCUGCACCUCCUCCUUCACACCUAUCACCUCCUCUCCCUCUGUCUGCAGCUCCUCCUUCACACCUAUCACCUCCUCUCCCUCUGUCUGCACCUCCUCCUUCAAACCUGUCACCUCCUCUACCUCUCCCACCAUCUUCUCUUCCAUCACCUCCUCCAUCUCUCCCUCUGUCUGCGCCCUCUCCUCUUCCUCUGCUCCUCCUCGGCCCAGUCCUCCUCCUGACCUCCCCGUCUGUGCCAAGAACAUUUCUCUGACAGCAAGCGGACAGAAGGUCAUCCUCUGGACCAGAGAAGCGGACAGAGUCAUCUUGACAACGUGUCAGCAGGAGGGAGCCAAUCAGAACACGUUCCAGGCCAUCUCUACUCUGCUCGGCAACAAGACUCCCAAUGAGGUCUCUCGCAGGUUUCGGGAUUUGAUGAGUUUGUUUAGGACGGCGGCGCGCCAGACUGGCUCUGAUGAAGAGGCUCUGCCCACUGAGUCGGUAGCAGCCAAUGAGGAAGAAGACUGAUGUUAACCAAUCAGAAGAGCCGUAGGUUCCGCAGCAGAAGAAAUUAAGUUUGUUCCCAGGACUUUUAUUGUGAAGGAUUCAUCAAAGUUCACAGAUGUGUUUACUGAACGUCAAAACUGUAAAUAUGAACAUUUCUAAAUAUUUAAAGUUUUUGUAAAAAUUAAGUCUUUUUUUUUUAAUAA